AUGUUGGAAAUUUUGUUAUGUCGUAAGAGACGUGAAACUGAACCAAUCUCAAUUGUGAUAUGUAAAAGGUUUACUGUUAUAUUAUUCGUAUUAAUCACAUCAGUUGUUCUUAUCAUAUUAUCAAUUGGAGUACAUAAUGAUCUACCAACUAUCAAAAGAGUGUAUUCUUCAGCGAGUCGGAUUCCUGCACCAGUUAUUUACAUGCAGUCUGGAUGGCAAUUUGAAAUAGGAUGUUCCAUCUUCUUCACCAAAAUUGUCAAUGAAAAAGGUACUAAUGACGAUAAAUAUAUAAUACAACCUACUAAACCUACUAUACCUGAUGAGAAUAAUAGCACUUAUUGGAGAGGAAGUAUUUCUCCGACUAAUUUAUCAUUUAUCAAUGAUAUUAACAAGGCUGAAAAUCAAGCGGCAAUAACUGAAUUAAAUUUGAUGUUCGCAAUUACUGAUCCAAAUUAUAACGAGGCUAAUAAUGGCUCUGUCCGUUUUAGUAUUUAUAUUCAUGAUCAAGAAUAUGAUCCAUUAAAUGAUACAUUUGUUAAUGAAUCUGACAAUUAUUCAAAUUUUGUCAAAUCACUUCGACGAAAAAGUUUCUAUAGCACAGGAAAUGCUCUGACUGUUAUUUCAAACGUGCUUGCCGUAUGGGGAGGAUUGUCGGCAUUUUAUAUAUUUUUAUUUGGCGCUAAUUCAAUUAAACCGUGGGGAUUUAUACAAGAAAAUAUUUUCAAAAGCGAAAUACGUUAUAAAUUGGGAUUAGCACCAUUUUCUAAAAAUGAGGGAAAUCCUGAGGAAAGGAUUGAUGCAUUAGAAACAUUCCUUAAGAAUCAUGUUGUCGAUGUCAAUGUUAAUUUGAUAGGUCAAUCAAAUAAAUCAUCAGAUAAAUCACCACUUAUCACAACUGCCCGAACUCUUUGUAGUCAAUGGCGAAUUGAUCUUUACAAAGACACUUACUACCAAAUUGAAGCACAACAACAAUCACAACCUUUUGUUUUUAUUAAUGGCAAUGAUGAAAAUAGUGAUGAUGUAUUGUAUUCAGAAAAAUAUAAUUUAUCUUUAGAAGUCAUAUCAAUAAAUUCAACAUUAACAUGUAGUUAUUUUAAAAGAUCAUUUCAAAAUCACUAUAAUCAAUCAACUUCAAACAAUGAAUUUAUCAAAAGAUAUUUAGAAAUGCCAGAAGAAGUAAAAUUGCUUGGAUUGGUAUUCUACAAGAUUUAA